AAGUCUUUUCCUAGCUAGCCAGCAACAUCUUCAGAUCGAUCCCCCCACCAAGCCUGCAUUUCAUUGCGGGUGCACGCAGAGAUCGAGGAGAGACGAUCACCACCAUGGCCGGAGAGAUCAUUCCAGACGGCGGCGGCGGCGGCGCGGUGUUGGCGGCGGAGAGCGUGAUGCUGCCGGCGAGCAUGGUGCUGGUGCAGCUCUUCUCCGUCGUGCUGGUGCUGCUGUCCAAGCUCGCCCUCAGCACCGGCAUGCGGCCGUUCGCCCUCCUCGCCUACCGGAACCUCGUCGGCGCCGUCGCCGUCGCGCCUCUCGCCUUCAUCUUUGAGAGGAAAAAUAGGAAAAUCCCGAGCAUUGUGGAGUGGUGCUGGAUUUCGCUUAAUGCUACAUUUGGGGUAAUCCUAUCAAUGGGGCUGUACUACUAUGGACUGCGAAGCACCUCCGCCACAUAUUCAGUCAUAUUUCUGAACCUGAUUCCUAUUGUCACGUCCAUCAUUGCAAUCAUAUUCGGGGCAGAGAAGUUGGUGUUUACAGACUGGCCUGGCAAGAUAAAGCUCUUCGGUAUCAUAACAUGUGUGGGAGGAACAAUGGUAGUGAGCUUGUACAAAGGGAAACUGCUGCAUCACCCUUGGCCUUCCCACCUGUUGAAAUUCCACACGCAGAAAGCAUCAGGCUAUGCCUAUCAUCACAAUUUGUUAGCCGGUACAUUGUUCUUGUGUGGCAGCUGCCUUAGCUACGCCUUUUGGUUCAUCAUACAGGUUAGGCUUGCGAGCGUCUUCCCGUACAGGUAUUGGGCAACUACGCUGACAUGUCUUUCUGGAAGCCUGCAAGCCUUUGUGAUUGGCAUUCUGAUCAGCCCUACAAAAUCUGCCUGGACCCUCAAAUGGGACAUGCAGCUUCUGACAGUGGUUUAUUCAGGGGUGUUCAACACUGGUAUCUCAUUUGUCCUGAUGUCAUUGGCGGUCAAGCAUCGUGGACCGAUCUACCCAUCCAUGUUCAACUCGUUAUCGCUGAUCGUGAUGGUGAUCAUGGACUCAGUGUUACUUGGUACAAGUAUCUUCUUAGGGAGCAUUCUGGGGACAGCAUUCAUCAUUGUGGGGCUGAAUGCGUUUCUAUGGGGGAAAGGCAAGGAGCUGAAGCAAGCUGUGGCGCAGCACACCAGCCACAAGCAGAACACAGACCACAACGAGCAGGUUGGAGAUGAGAUAGCAUAGCAUAUCAGCACUAUGAUUGAAUGAAAGAUGAUGCUUGGCAAAUUUGCGAUGAUGACGAUAAAAAUGUCUAGAUAGAUAAGGGAUUAGCAUGGUAGUUUGUAACUAGUUUCCGGUGCAAACAAAAAUAUGGUACAAAUGAAGUUAUGAAAAGUUUGCCACCAACUCCUCGUCCUUCUUUUAAUUGACACAUUACAA